AUGGCUAGCAGAGGUGGUCAGUCUGGAUCUGGCGCACCGAGUAGACGAAGCGAAAGGCCGGAUUCUAGGGUGUCUUCAAAUCUCAAAUAUGAAUUUGGACCCGGUAUAUCCUCUGAACAAGCGUCUGAAAAAAUAUAUGGACGAGUUGGCGAUGUGGAGAAAGAGGGAGACAGGGGACAAACGAGAGAAAGGAGAGAAAGGAGACAACCAGGGGAACGCAGAGAAUAUAGAGGAAAUAUAGAAGACAGAGAGCCCGGAGAAGACGAAGAACUCAGAGAGUACAGAAAGUAUAAAGAAUUCAAAGAAUCUAGAGGAGAUAGAGAGGACAGAAAGGAUAAAGAGUACAGAAAGUACAAAGAGUCCAAAGAAUCUAGAGAGGAUAGAGAGCACAGAAAGGAUAAAGAGUACAGAAAGUACAAAGAGUCCAAAGAAUCUAGAGGAGAUAGAGAGCACAGAAAGCACAGAGGAGACGGACAUGGGAGAAAAGAUAGAGACAGAUCUCAUGGUAGAUCCAGCAUUACAAAGACAUCGACGCGUUCCUCGGCUUCGUCCAAGAAUAACAGUGCAUAUCCCCAGGUACCACCACCAGGUGUUGAACCCGAUAUACCUUCGACGCAAGAUCCAAUUGGCUCUAACAUGUCCACUGUAUCAGACGAUCCAACUAUACGUGUGAGUCUCCGACACGGUGGCAGAAGAAUGGAGGUGAAUGUUAGAUCCGAACAUAGUUCUAGAAAGCCGCGUUCUGGGCAAUCGGAGGCACCGCCAUCACGAACCGAAUAUUCCGAUUCCGAUGAGACUGUGACGCCACGUAAAUAUGAUUAUCAAAAAUCAACAACUCAUAAGAGUGAUAGCGGGAAAGGAAAUAAACAUAAAGUUGGAUCCAAGCAUGGUGCUAGAUCACGAGAUUCUGAGGAUGAUGAGGUAGAACCAUCCGAUAGUAUUACUAGUGUCGGUGACAGUGCACAACCAGACGUAACCGCUACUUCAACUCGAACGCCACUUCCACCUCGUUCUGAAGCAUCUACUGCAUCUAGAUCAGUAAAGCCGAAGAGUGGUAACGGAAAAGAAGAGGAACAUAAAGUCAAAUCCAAUCAUGGUGCUAGAUCACGAGCUUCUGAGGAUCCCGUGGCUCCAUUCCAUUCUGGUAAUAAGAAUUCCUACGCACCACCACCACGAAGCGCAAUGUCUGGUUCAACUCCGACGCCAACUAAAAUCCAUACUCGUACAUCCACUGUUUCUGGGCGUUCUAAGGCUCCGUCUCAAAUUAGCAGUACUAGUUCCUCCGAAUCAGACACAAGCAUAUAUCCAGCUUCAACUAUAUUGCCACCUCCACCUAGUUCUAUAGGAUCCAUCGGAUCAGGAACAAGCGUAUAUCCUAAUUCAGAUAACACGUCACUUCCACCUCAUUCUAUCGUAUCCACUGGAUCUAGACCAGCAAAACACAGUAACAAUAACGGUAAAGAAAGGAAACAUGAAAUCCGAUCCGAUCAUAGUGCCGGAUCAAAAGUUUCUAGGAGUGUGGGGGCUCCGUCUACUGUUAGUCGUACCAGCACACAAGCAUCCUCUAGUCGUGAAUCUGGCGUUCCUGAAGUUGCCGAGAAGAAACCGUAUUUGGUCCCUGCAUAUGGGUGUGUUGGUGGCAAGACACCGAGUAUGGUUCCUGUAAAAUUGCUUCCAAAGGAUUCUAGUGAAGACUCAUCGGGAAAAUGGACAGCCGACAAAGUCAUCUAUUCGCCGCAACUUACAGCAAAGCCAAACGCGUACUUCACACACAAUCAGUCCAAAUAG